UCCGCCGAAAUUUCAAAAACAUUUUCGUGUGCUUCGGGUGUUGCUAUCGUGAGUUUUUUUGCUAGCUAUUUUAAACUAUUAGUUGAACGCGUUAUGGAUCCCUUUAGUGAAGACCAUACGAAAAUGUACUUUUAUGAAACCAGAUUGAAUACCUACGUGGGGUGGCCGUUCGAAGAGGGCUGUGCUUGCACUCCAGAGAACAUGGCCAAAGCUGGAUUCAUCCACACACCAACAGAGAACAGCCCGGACAUAGCCAAGUGCUUCUUCUGUCUCAAAGAACUGGAGGGCUGGGAGCCAGAUGAUGACCCAGAGAAGGAGCAUAAGUCUCAUUCACCCAGCUGCAACUUCAUCUCCCUGAAGAAGAGUGUGAAUGACCUGACUGUGGAAGAGUUCCUCAAACUCCAGAAAGAGAAGCAGAAAUUCCACAUUAAAAAGUAUUGCAAUGAGGCCAUCACUAAGUUUGAGGAGGCGGCAAAAAGCAGAAGAGGUGAGAUCAUCAAGACUGCCAUGGAUGAAGAGUGACGUGGAGAGACUAGACCUGUUUGAGUACUUUAUAAAUGUUCUGCUCUGGAGUAAUCACUGGUAGUGCAGUAGCCUAGUGUACAUAUUCUGUCUGCAUUAGCUAGGUGUUUUUAGCAAUAAAUAUUUUAUUUCGCUA